AUGCCGCACGUCGGAGUAGCCAUGCAGCGGAGUCUGGCGGAGCCGCGCGACUUCGCGGACGCUCUGAGGAAUCUUCUUGCUAGGAGCAUUGUAGCAGGAACAAGCAAAAGGGAUAUCACAUCAUCUAUUGCCGACGCAAAGACGGCGUUCUCGAGUUGGGAUAAUUGUAUGCAGGCCAGCUACUGCAAGUGGCCAGUGAUCGCCGUGAUAAUCAUCGGCGGUCUCAUCGUUUUCUCCAUUGUUUGGUGUAUUGUCCGUUGCGCUUGCUGUGGUCUCUCCUGCUGCUGCGAAUGCUGCUACUGCCUCAAGUGCUGCGGUUCCUGCUGUGGCAUGUGUGACUCGCCCAAGAAGAAGAAAUAUCUCGACGACCCAUACAUUCCACCACACCAUGACCAAGGCUACCGCACGGAACCAACGAUGACCGCUGCUCGUGCUGUGCCGGCUUCCACCUUUGACCACAGUUACGACAAACCCAUCGCUAAGCCUGAGCCACCCAUGUAUGCCGAAUUCGAGACGGGUAAGAAGGGCGGAGGUGACGAAUUGCCUGCCAUGCCCAGCUGGGAAGGAUCUAGCUCCAAGAAAGUCGCACUUGAGGAUGCAGUAGAAUUGGAGCAGCUCAAGAAGCCGGAAAUUGCACAGAACGCACCGCUAAUGGCACCGGGAGCUAUGUCUAACCCCGCAAGUCCCAACCCAGCGUCGCCGAUGCACGGAAACAGCCCAUACGGUGCUCCUGCUAUGAAUGGUUCUGGAUAUAUGACGCCCGCUCGUAGCGCAACCUACCCCUAUGGGGCGGACCCCAACUCUCAACAACAAGGCUACAACCAAGGCAACUUUAGCAAUGGUGGCUAUGGCCAAAUGAAUGGCAGCAACGCGGCUCAGGGAUACGACCUAGGCUAUGGGAAUACAGACUAUGGAAAUCAAGGCUAUGGCAACCAGGCAUACAACAACAACAACCCGAGUUAUGGAAAUCAAGGCUAUGACAACCAAGAAUACGGCACUCAGGCCCACGAUAACCCAGGAUACGGAGCACAAGGCGCCUAUGAUACUCAAGGAUAUGGUGCACAGGGCUAUGGAGCCGGAGCCGGAGCCGGAACCGCUGCCGCUGCCGCGACGGCUGCUGCCGGCCCCAUGGCUCAAGGUCGACGAACGCCACACCAGGAUUAUGGAAACUACAGACGUGGCACGGCAGACCAGGUCUACCCGCAAUCUCGAACACCGAGAGCAUAUGAAGACUAUGGGCGCAGCGUGACUCCACGUAUUGGUACACCACGCAGCAAUACACCUGGAAACGGAUAUAGACAACCGCCGCGCCAUCAAUCACCAGCACCACAGACUAUGCCCUACGGCAACAUAGAACGCACGCAGUCUCCUGCGCUUCAACAAGACGCUUACGGACUUGACCGAAGCAACACUCCCAACAGCUACGGGCGUCGUAACCCACCCGCCCCUGUAAGACAAUAUUCUGCCGCAUCGAGUCAACCAGUACGUCAUCCUGAGCCGGAACGCUCAUACACGGAGCCUUCAUACGGACAAACAAGUUCGGCAUAUCAGCAAGAACCUGCUUCGCCGACGUCCCCCAUCACCAACUCGGGAGGCUUUGAUUUUACAUCUGGCUACAGUCGACCACAAAACUCAGGUACAAGCACUCCCGUCCAACAGCCGGCUGGUGGUGGAAAAGCGUACCCUGGCUACCGUGCAUACAAGCCUCAACAAUAA